CGACCGACACUUCCACCGCGACAGAAAAGAGAGAUGACAAGAAUACACUCGCUUUGCCAGUUAGCCGAUGAGCUCAAUGGGUUGCAUGUUUCCGUUACCGGACAUGCACUUUGACAGCUCAAGUGUUUGCACGACGUUUUCACAGGAGAUGGGUUGUUUUUUUUCCCAUAAAAAAUCCACACUGUCAGUAUACAAACAUCUUCAAACAGCCCCUCGCACAAAGACGAAUACGUCAUUACUUUGUUGGCGUUUGCGACAUUCGCCAGUUGACGUUAGCCGUCCUAGUGGGGAGUUAGCAUGUUCGCUCGGAGCUAACUCUUAGCCGCAGGCUAAGCAGGUUUUAAUUAUAAUAAUGCCGUUUAUUUAUCGGCGCCUUUGGUAUAGCUCGAGGACACCGCAAGAUAAAAAAAAAGAAAAGAAAAUGAUACAAAAUCAGUAAUGUAGCGAAUUAGCUUAAGACUUGUUUAUCCGGUGCGUUCAGGUGACUCGGUCAGCCUGUCAGUUGACGUGCAACUCACGGGGUAGCAAAAGAUUUGGAUAAAAAUAGUGAAACACUUGCAGACCGAAUUUUUUUUUGACGGUACCGUCUUUCAAGGAGAGUAAAACGGUCUCACAGGCGUGUUGAUGAACUGGCAAGAGUGUGUGUACGUUUUGCCAGCUGAUGAGUUGCUAAUGCACGCAAUGGGACUCAAGUGGGAUGCAAGGCACACAUUUGCAGCAAAAAACAAAUGUCUGUCUCGAAAGCCUCGCUCCACGUCGUGCGACCUAGUCACUGGAUCCCUACCCAGCAUCCUUUGCAGUGUCAGGUUACCCCGAGUUCUCAAGGACUCGUCUCCAUGGUGAUGGACCGGAGACAGAAUCCAUCAACAUGCCUAUGGCAAGCCGUUGAGUGUGAAGGAUGAACCAGAGCAGCAUCCGCCAUGGCCUGCAGCAGCGCUCCCAGUAACGCCGAAACGCUGGAAGGCUUCCAUGAGGUCAACCUAGCCUCGCCCACCACGCCCGACCUGCUGCAGAACCAAGCGGAGCAGCGCCCCGCCGCCUGCCGCGGCGAGCCGCCCACGUCCCUGUACCGCACGCACUCGCUGGGGGCGCCGCCCCCUGGACUGCGCUCGUCGCUGCGGGCCGACCUGCUCCCCACGCGGCCCGUCUACUCCACACCCACGCACGCCCGCAAUGGCAGCGUGCAGGGCGCCGAGGCGGACGUGGCCGAGGCCGACUUCCUGUCGGCCGAUGACGGUGGCGACUGCGGCGCCCUGAACGACAGUUUUUCACGGCUACGCAGCCCGUCGGUCAUGGAGGUGCGAGAGAAAGGAUACGAGCGGCUCAAGGACGAGCUGACCAAAGCGCAGAGGGAAUUGCUGUUGAAGGAUGAGGAGUGUGAGAGGUUGUCAAAAGUGCGAGAUCAGCUGGGCCAGGAGCUGGAGGAGCUGACUGCCAGCCUCUUCCAGGAGGCCCACAGAAUGGUGCGGGAGGCCAACGUCAAGCAGGCCAACGCCGAGAAGCAGCUGAAAGAAGCCCUGGGCAAGAUUGACGUCCUGCAGGCGGAGGUGCAGGCCCUGAAGACGCUGGUCCUGUCCUCGCCCACGUCACCCGUGGGCGAGCUCCCCGCCGUGGGCGGCGGCGGGAAGGCGGCCUUCCGGAAGGGCCACAGCAGGAACAAGAGCACCUCCUCGGCCAUCUUGGGAACGCAGGCCGACGCGUCGGCCACGCAGCCCAUCGUGCGAGAGUGUCGAGAGGCGGACGCGCAGCUGUUCAGCGAGUUCAAGGCGUGGAAGGAGGAGCCCACGCUGGACCGCCGCUGCUGCUUCCUGGAACGAGUUUACCGUGAGGACAUCUACCCGUGCCUCACCUUCAGCAAGAGCGAGCUGGGUUCGUCCAUCUUGGAAUCGGUGGAGCAGAACACACUCAGCGUGGAGCCGGUGGGCUUCCAGCCACUGCCCGUCGUCAAAGCCUCGGCCGUCGAGUGUGGCGGACCAAAGAAGUGCGCCCUGAGUGGCCAGACCAAAACCUGCAAGCACAGAAUUAAGUUUGGGGACUCAUCCAACUAUUACUUUGUGUCUCCAUACUGCCGAUACCGAAUCACGGCGGUGUGUAAUUUCUUCACAUACAUUCGUUACAUCCACCAGGGGCUCGUUAAGCAGCAGGACGCGGAACAGAUGUUCUGGGAGGUGAUGCAGCUGCGGCGGGAGAUGUCCCUGGCCAAGCUGGGCUACUUUAAAGACAACCUGUGACUGACUUGAUUGUCUUCCGGACGGCCCCCGCCGGAUCAACCCGCUGUUCAGCAUUUGUUUGUCACCACACCAAACACUCUGCAGUGUCAAGUUGACAACUGUUUCAAUUAACAUUUCAUUCCACCCUAGAAUGAAUGAAUGAAUAGAUAAAUAAAUAAAUAAAUAAGAAGAAGAGUAAUAGACCUUACAGUGACAGCAUUUCAGAUUUUUUUUUUUCUUUUUAAUGUUUGAGGGUCUGACAGCAACACUUGUGUGCAGAGAAAGUGGAAAGAAUUCCCAGAAAAAUUCACGUGACUUUCUGCUCAUGUUGCAGGGAAAGCGCUUCAAUCUUGGAAAUGGUUUCCAGAUUGGAAACUCUCCUUUGGAAUUGCGGCCAAAAUAACGGAAUACUCGAGCAGAAAGAGGAACAAUGACAAAGAGUUCUCCUUGCCCACAUGCAAGGACAUGGCUAGUGACUCUGCUCGCUCGCUGUAGUGUGGAUUCUGCAAAAAUAUAUUUUUUUCACAACUACAAUGUCUAACUUUCCAAUGAAGAAUUUCAAAUUCGACAUAAUGUUUUAAUAUGGUAUCGUAAUCAUACAUGAUGUAUAAAAUUAUUCCAGUCAAACGCAUUUAUAUAAGUUCAUAAAAAAUGUCAACUUUACACGCUUGGAAGUCCCUGGAAUUUUGCAGCCCCAGUUAUGCCCCAGAAUGAUGCCUCCCAAUUUUGAAGCGCGUUUCAAACUUGAUUUGAAAGACGGACUUCGGCCGGUGCAACGAUCAUCUUUUCAUUUUGUGAAAAAUAUUCAUUUCUCUUGUCAUGUGUUUAUAACAAAUGAAAACAAACACUAAGCCUCCAAACACUCUGAAGGGCGUUUGCAAUGGUUGUCCUUCCCAUCCGCCUCCCUUGACCUUGUUUUUUUUUUCUGUGUGCGCGCGUGCGUGACUGUAAACUUUCCAUUUGCUCAAGUGAAUGUGACUUUCUCUGUCAUUCAAAGUCAACGUCACUCACUCGUCUCCCACGUUGGUUGCGUGCCUUUUCUCUCACUAUGAAAUAAACAAAUGCAAAAAAAC